AUGAACUUCAAAGCGCUCCUCCCAAUUCUUUUCUGGCCUGUGGCCUCCAGUCACGAGCAUCAUGCCCGACGAGCUCAAUCUCAAGAUCCCAUUGCCGCCGAUACAGCCAGUAUAAACAACAUUCCCUUCAGCACACGUGCGUACUGGAUGCGCCGCGCAAAUGCCGCAUCAGCAGAACUCGCUUCCCCGUGCCCGUUCGCUGCUUUCGGCACCGUUAUCGUAAAUCACACGGAUAGUUCUAAAGGGGCAUUGGGGAAACUGGUGUGUAUUGGAAUUAACGAGAACGGGAGGGUGGGGAAUCCAGUAUUGCAUGGGGAGAUCGCGGCGAUAAACAACUGCUCUAGCAUUCUUACAAAUUCGGCGGGGUCGUAUAAUCUAACGGCCGGCGAGGCGCUGGACGCGUUUGCGAAGUUGAGCAUUUAUACGAAUGGGGAGAGUUGUCCGAUGUGCGCUUCCGCCAUCCGAUGGGCUGGCUUUCGCGAGUACAUCUACGGCACGAGCAUUGACACGAUUAUCGAGCAAGGUUGGGGCCAGAUCCGGAUCUCGUCGCUGGAGGUGUUUAGACGAUUGUUUGAUCUCUCGACCCAGUCGGGGCUGAUAGGGCCAAUUCUGGCGAAUGAGACGGAUCCGUUGUUUGCAUGGCAGUUUGAUCCGGCGGCGCCGUGCCCGGAGGGUUGUGCAAGGGGAAGGAUGGGAGUUUGUGAGAAUAGUUGAUCUGCUCUGAGAAAGCAGAGUACCAAACAUAUAAAUUUGGGCACAUUCUUGUAACUGUUUGGGGUACCCCGAUAGGCUUGGGAAACUCCAGAAAUGAUGUAAAGGUCAAACAGUGGGAAUUAGAGUACCUUUGAACUAACUAGAGAU